AAUGAAUUUGACAUUGUCAAAAAAGUACCGCUGACAUUCCUAAGUUCUGCAUUUAAUUUCAUUAAUAUUAUCAUUAAUACAACUAAAUAACGAUGGAGAUUGACGAAGACUUUAUAGUAUUCUCUAUUUUAAUAUUUUCAUGGUUAGAAUACCUAUGGGAACUUUAUCUUUCGUUACGGCAGCUCCGCAUAUUUCAAACCAACAACACCAUACCUGAAGACCUCAAAGAUAUGUUAAAUACUGAAUCAUUCAAGAAAGCACGUCUUUAUGGAAUUGACAAAGCCAAGUUCAGAAUUGCCAAAGAAUUGUACGGUAUUGCAUCUACAUCUUUAAUCUUAUACAAGAGAUGGAUAGCUGUUGCCUGGUUCAAAUCUGAACACAUUGGUGCACUAUUUAACAUCACAUCAGACAGAGAAAUCUUGAUAAGUUGUGUAUUUAUGAUAUUUGUAACUGUGUUCAAUUUUGUUGUAAACAUGCCAUUUACUAUUUACGGGACUUUUGUACUGGAACAAAAACAUGGUUUUAACAAGCAGACUGUGGGAUUCUUCAUCAAGGAUCAGUGUAAGUCAUUAGUCCUAAGUCUAGUUAUCACUUUGCCAAUAAUAUCAAUAGCAAUCUUUAUCAUCAUGUUGGGAGGAAAGAUGUUUGUGAUGUGGCUGUGGAUGUUCACCACCGUAGCCACACUGCUGCUCCUCACUCUGUACCCCUCAGUCAUCGCUCCCUUGUUUGACAAGUUCACCCCCCUGCCAGAUGGUACUCUUCGUGAAGGUAUCCAGAAUCUAGCCUCAAAGUUAAACUUUCCUCUCUCUCAAAUCUACAUUGUUGAAGGAUCUAAAAGGUCAGCCCAUAGCAAUGCUUACUUCAGUGGCAUGUUUGGUGCCAAGAGAAUUGUUUUAUUUGACACAUUAAUUGAAAAGUAUGAUGAGGAGAAAAAGAUGACUACUGGUUGUACAGAAAAAGAAAUUCUGGGUAUAUUAGCCCAUGAGCUUGGCCACUGGAGUUGCAGUCACAUUAACAAGUCCAUAGUCUUAACUGAGGUGAAUCUUCUUCUUUUGUUCUCUGCAUUUGGUUUCUUAUUCAAAUAUUCCACCCUCUACACUGCCCUCGGGUUUCCCCCGGGACAAGAACCUAUUAUUAUUGGGUUGAUUGUUGUUUUGCAAUUAAUCCUGGCACCCUAUAAUUCAAUUCUGUCAUUCUUCACUACAUGCCUGUCCAGGAAGUUUGAAUUUGAGGCUGAUAACUUUGCAGUGUCACUGAAUUACCCCAAUGAGCUGAAAUCUGCUUUAAUUAAGUUAGGUAAAGACAACUUAGACUACCCUAUCUAUGACAAGCUGUAUUCAGCUUGGUAUCAUUCACAUCCAACUUUGCUUCAUCGGAUUGAAAACAUAAAACUUCUGCAAAGUAAUGCUAAAUCUGACUAAACCAUGAAAGACUGUCUACUGUCGUUCAUUUUUAUAAGUACAAGUAGGAACCUAUUUUAAGUCAAGUACCUUUUAAGGUAACAGUACCAUUAGGCUUGCUUUUCAGUGUGAUAACGAUAAUUUAUUCAUAAUUAUUAUGAAACAGUUAAUAUAUCUAUUAUUUUGCUCAAAUUGUAGAUGCAUUUGUUAAGUAAAAAACUGAGAUUUAAUUUAAUCUAUUUUUUAAGCUGUAGGUUUUAUUUACAAGUAAUAGCACAUUUUUAUGUCACAAAAAAAAUGUACCUACCUAUACCAAACUUAUAAUCAUUCACAAUUUGCAUUCAAAAUGCUUUGUUUAUUUUGCGUCAAGUUUACACCAAAAUCUUAUCAUACGAAUAGAAUGUAAGAAGUGUAGUUAUUAUGCAAUGAACAUUAUAGUUCGUUGCUUUUAUGUCUCUACUUGAUAUUUACUCACUUGUAUUAGUAUAAGUUGAAUAAAUAGACUUUUUUAAC